CCUGCUCUCCACCCCGUCUGGGUUGGACUCUGGGGUCACUCUGCUCUGAAGCUGCUCACUGAUCAGGAGUCGGGGAGCAGCAGGUCAAGGCGGACAGCGACGCCCAGAUGGCAGCCCGGCUGACCCCGCUGCUGACCCUGCUGCUGCUCUUUCUAGUGGCCCGGGCCGAUGUGGACCCCGGUAGCAGAGAGGAGCCACCGAAUAAGAAUGAAACAUUAUUGACCCAGCCAAGUGGGAAGAAUGGAUCAGAGACUGAGCUGGAUAGCCCCAAAAGCCACAUCACAUUCCAGAAAGUGGUAGAAGAUAAAAAUCCUCACCCACCAACAGACUCUCCCACAGAGUCUACCACCGAACCAACUACUCAAUCCCCUACAGAGCUCUCCACUCAACCGACUUCCCAGCCAACCACUCAGGCCCCGCCUGAGCCUAUUUGCCUGAUUCCCGACACUUCCUGCUCUGAGAUCAAGACUCAAGAAGCAGAGAGCAUGUUGGGAGCAGCCCUGACAGAUUUCUCCCUGAGGCUUUACCGGACCUUCUCAGAAGUGAAGAAAAUAGACUCCAAUAUGGUCUUUUCCCCAUUCAGCAUUGCAAGCCUUCUCACCAACAUCCUCUUGGGGGCUGGAAACACCACCAAAAGAAACCUGGAAGAAGUUCUCUCUUACCCCAAGGACUUCGACUGUGUUCACCAGACCCUGAAGAACCUAUCAACCAGUGGUUUUAUCUCAGCCUCUCAGAUCUUCCACAGUCCUGAUCUGAUUCUAAAGAAGGACUUUGUGAAUGCCUCCCAGGCCCUGUAUGGCAACCAGCCCACAGUUCUGAGCAACGACAGCGAGGUGAACUUGGCUUUGAUCAACUCGUGGGUGGCCAACAGGACCAAUAACAAGAUCGUCAACCUCCUGAAGAGCCUGCCAUCAGACGUCAGGCUUGUCCUAGUCAAUACUAUCUACCUUAAUACCAAAUGGAAGAUGAAGUUUGACCCCGAAAAAACCUAUCUGGAGAACUUUUACCCCAAAUCCGGCAAGGUAAAGGUGAAGGUGCCCAUGAUGAGGAGUGAGAAGUAUCCAGUGACCCAUUUCACAGACUCCAACUUGAAAGCCAGGAUUGGUCUCCUGGAGCUCUCUGAUGACCUGAGCCUGGUGAUCCUGCUGCCUCAGCACUUGGGUAUUCACCUUGCUGAGGUUGAGCUAAAACUCAGCAGCCCGAUCUUCAGCGCCAUCUUGGAGAAGUUGGAGAAAAGUAAAAGUCAGGCGACUCUGGUGACCAUGCCUCGACUCAAGGUGCACACCAGCCAGGACCUGCUCCAGAUCUUGGAGAAGAUGGAAUUCUUUGACUUCUCCUAUGACCUCAACCUGUGCGGGCUGACAGAUGACCCAGAGAUUCAGGUAUCUGCUGCCCGUCACCAGACCAUGCUAGAGCUGAAUGAAGCAGGGGUAGAGGCAUCGGCAGCCUCUAUCAGCUCCGUAGCCCGCACCAUGUCCAUCUUUGAGGUGAGGCAGCCCUUCAUCUUCGUGCUGUGGCACCAGAAGUACAAGUUCCCUGUCUUCAUGGGCCGUGUGUAUGACCCCAGCUCCUGAGCUUUGGAGGGAUCGCUGGGUAGGACCGGCUCCUGAUGCCCCAACCUUCGCCUCCACCUUCCAAUGCUACAGAACACCCUAGGCCUGCCCAGGCUGCCUUUUCCCACUUCCUGUCUUCAAGCAACCAACUUUGGGAACACGAUACUGCAAAGUAACGCCUUCUUCACCCUUCCUUUCUCCCUUCGAGGGCCCACAUGAGCCCAGCUUUUACUAAUAAACUUGAUAGGGCAGACA